AUGCAGGUCGUGAGUUCGAGCUCUAGGUCUGUUAAGAAGUUCCCAGUAGCAGGCAGAAAUUGGACAGCCGGUGCUUGGUGUAACGACCUUGUUCCUCGGAGAGUUCGUCCUGCGUCUGAUCUCUCACCGGACGUGUCGAAACUUCGCCCCUUAAGAGUCCCAUUAUCAGGGAAAGGAAUAGAAAUUGCACUUGUAUUUACGUCUAAG